ACAAAACAAAACAACAUAAUAACAAAAACACUUGUCUUCGCUCAUGUUUCAUAUUAUAAUUUUACAUUAUUAUCAAAUACUUGGAUUAAAAACAUCGGAAUUAUGACAUAAAAGUUAAUAUUUUGGUUCAACCAAUUCUUAUUGUAAAAUUGUUUCAUUUUUGUUGAAAAUAGGAAAAGAGUAAUGGACGACAUUGUAGAUGCACAUUACUUCAUGACAAGGACUCAGGGAAACGUUUAUUCUUUAGUGCCUUUAAAUUUGACCAGUGGAGUAAGUCUUUUUAUUGCUGCCAGCUGGAAAAGAAGUAUUUAUUCGUUUGGUUACUGCGGAAAUCCUGAAGGAUCUAUGAAACCUACAGUAAAAGAACACUCAUUCACCUACAUACCAAGUGGUGCAGAAAUAAUUUCAAUUGAUGCCUUUAACAAAUCAUCAACGUGUGACGAUUUCCACAUAGGAAUUGCCAUCACCAAGAUGGGUGGAGAUCACCCAGAAAUGUAUAUGAACAUCUAUUCAGAGCAAGACCUGGACACCAACUACACACUCAACAUAGAUAGCAUUGCACAGAACUGUUUCAUGUUGGAUUUAAAAUUCUUCCCUUACCACCUAACUCAUACUGCAGUCCAUCAACCAAACAGUUCAAUUCAAAAAGAGACAGUGUGGCUGUUGUCGGGAAGUGACAGCAAGAUACAUGUGUUUCAAGAAGAGCUACAGACACACAGUUGGUCAGAAACUGAUGUCUCUGAGCUGUUUCCUGAGUUGGUUGAUCCUCCCAGCACAGUUCUAUGGAUCAAUGUUCGUCACACCCAUAAUCUCACAAGGAGGGUGACAGUGAUUGGAUGUGAUGUAGGUUUCACCCAGGUUUCCAUUGUCAACACUUUGUCCAACACUGUUCUGCAGAAACUCUCUGAGAUCUUUGAGAGUCCUGUUACCCAUGUCCAGAUUUUCUCAAUGGCCCCAGACAGUGUUAAUCCUCCUAGAGGCUUCAGCGUUGAGGAUUCAUAUUGUGAAGGGUCAAUUGAAAAAAUCUCUAAUAGCCAAGAUAGCGAUCUACACCUUUUAGUUUGCAAUGGAAACAAUCGUUCAUGUGUAUUCAUGAACAUUGAAGAUAAAGGAUUAUCAGAGAGCAACAAAAUAGAACUGGACGGCAGCGAUUCUCACGAUGCGUGUGUUUGCUCUUGUGUAUGUGACUUGGACAUGGAUGGGGAAAAUGAGAUUUUGAUUGGUACAUUUGGAAGUGCAUUGUUGGUGUACAAGUGGAUAGGCAAAGAGUGGGUAGAGCGAGGAGUUCGCAAUACAGCUGCUCCAGUACACGGACUACAGUUCUUGGACCUGGUGGGGGACGGAAGCAGUCAGCUAAUAGUUCAGACGUCGGCCGGAGUACAUAUAAUGCAGCACAAAGCCAAACAUAUGUUCCAAGUUUUGCUGUCAAGACUCCAACCUUCUGAGCCUACCAUUUCUCCAGAUUAGAUUUUUACCACCAUCACGUCAACUGAUUAAAACUGCUAUGUUAAGCUCUUAAUUUAGGAUUACUUUGUUAUUGUUGUCUUUGUUAUAUUUUUGCCAAUGUUAUGUUAGUGCUAAAAUAUAUGUGAUUUAUUUUUA